AUGAAGUACAAGAAACCUUUUUCAGAACCUAUCGCGGUCGUCGGUAGUAGCUGCCGGUUUGCUGGCGGUGCUACGUCGCCCUCAAAGCUAUGGGAUGUCCUUUGCGGCACCCCCGACCUCUCACGAGAGGUGCCACCUGGGAGGUUCAAUGCCAAGGCAUUUUACCAUCCUGAUGGAGAAUAUCAGGGUACUACUAACUCGGUCAAAGCAUACUGGCUGGAACAGGAUCACCGAGUUUUUGACGCUGGAUUGUUCAACAUUGCGCCUAAGGAGGCGGAGGCUAUCGACCCUCAACAACGUCUCCUUCUCGAGGUCGUGUACGAGGCGAUGGAGUCGGCUGGAUAUACGUUGACCACAUACUCUGGUAAGAAUGUGGCUGUAUUCGCUGGUGUCAUGACUGCCGAUUACGACACCCUGUCUCAACGAGAUGAACUCACCGCGAGCCAAUACUACGCCACGGGCAACGCCCGCUCGAUUAUUUCCAACCGCAUCUCAUACUUCUACAACUUCCAAGGUCCCUCAAUGACCAUAGAUACUGCCUGCAGCUCUAGUCUUGUAGCCCUCCACCAAGCAGUCUUAAGUCUACGUUCCGGCGAAAGCACUAUGGCUUGUGUAACGGGUGUGAAUUUGAUGAUCACACCAGAGCAAUUUCUCGUCGAAUCCAGUUUACACAUGCUGAGCCCCACAGGAAAGAGCCGAAUGUGGGAUGCUUCCGCGGACGGUUACGCACGAGGAGAAGGUAUCGCAGCGUUACUUUUGAAGCCCCUAUCCCGCGCCUUGGCAGAUGGUGACGAGAUUGCCGCAAUUCUCCGCGAGACCGGAAUAAAUUCGGACGGUCGAACAAAAGGCAUAACCUUGCCUAACCCCGAGGCCCAGACCAUGCUCAUCCGAGACACCUAUCAGAAAUCAGGCCUUGAUUCUUUAGCGCCGGAAGACCAGUGCCAAUACUUUGAAGCGCACGGUACAGGCACACCUGCGGGCGAUCCCAGGGAGGCGGAAGCGAUCUACAACGCCUUUUUCGGUAGUAACGUGAGCACAGCCUCUGAGAUUGGCACCAACCAUAUAUUGGUCGGCUCCAUCAAGACUGUAUUAGGACAUACCGAGGGAGCGGCUGGCCUAGCUGGGUUGCUUAAGGUGAUACAGGCUAUGAAGCAUGGGUCUGUGCCCCCUAACCUGCAUCUAAACUCGAUUAAUCCCAACGUAAAGCCGUUCUGUACUCGUCUUGAAGUUCCAACUUCUCUUGUCGCUUGGCCUGAACCUCCUGCAGGCCAGCCGAAGAGAGCAAGCGUGAAUUCGUUUGGAUUCGGAGGUGCCAACGCUCAUGUCAUUGUCGAGUCCUACGAUCCUCGCAUUGACGAUGGAAUAUAUCGGCGGUCUGCCUUGAAAGAAACAUCGAAUGAUCUCCAAUCUGAGGAAUCUAGUGAUUCUUCGUUUUACCUACCUCUUCUCCUAUCGGCUGCAUCCCAGAAAUCCCUGCGAGCCGUCGUCACAUCCUACAGAGACCUUCUUCAACAACAUCCCGAUACCAAUCUACACCAAUUGGCAUGGGCACUCUACUCUCGCCGAACGGCUUUGCCAUAUCGUCUAGCUCUCCCUGUGCAUUCGCGACAUCAAGCCCUUGGUGCUUUGGAGGACAUCCUUAAGAAGUUGUCGACUUCCAACAGCGUGGGUGUCCGAAGCAAUACACUCAGUGCCCGACCGAAGAUCCUAGGAGUAUUCACCGGCCAAGGCGCACAAUGGGCCACAAUGUCUAGAUCGCUAUUCCACACCUGCGAAGUAUAUCGCAACACCAUCCGCACCCUCGACAACGUCUUGAGAACUUCCACUAAACCCCCUCAGUGGUCAUUGGAAGGCCAGAUUAUGGCGGAAGGAAGUGACUCUUCGGUUAACGAAGCAGCCGUAUCCCAACCGCUCUGUACUGCUCUACAGAUAGGAUUGGUAAAUCUUCUGAGAAGUCUCGGUAUCAGCUUUCAUACCGUGAUUGGUCAUUCGUCUGGUGAGAUUGCUGCAGCCUAUGCGGCAGACUUGAUUUCGGCGAGGGAUGCAGUCUUGAUUUCACAUUAUCGCGGCUAUGUGGCGCAUCUUGCUGGUAGCCCCGAAGGCCACAAGGGUGGCAUGCUUGCCGCAGGAAUAUCGGAGACAGAGGCGACACAAUUUUGCCGGGCCUCAAUGUUCGAGGGCAGACUGCAUGUGGGUGCGAGUAAUGCCCCAUCUGGUGUCACGCUCUCCGGCGACUUGGACAUGGUUCGGAUUGCUCACGAAGAGCUAACUAAAAAUAAGAAGUUCUCGAGGAUACUUCGAGUUGACUCGGCUUAUCAUUCGCCCCACAUGCUUAAGCCAGCGACCGAAUACAUCAAUGCCUUGGAAGAAAGCGAUAUCAAGCCAAAUUUAGAAGGUAAUGAGACCUUCUGGGUGUCUAGCGUCCAUGGGCGUCUCGUAAACAGUGACGAUCAGCUUGGCUCUGGCUAUUGGAGGGAUAACAUGGUUAACAAAGUGCGAUUCUAUGAUGCUGUCGUAAACGCGCUUUCGCAAUACGGCCCCUUUGAUUGCGCAUUGGAGAUUGGCCCCCAUUCAGCUCUUAAAGGACCUUUCACACAAAGCGCUAAAUCCCUUGACCACGACCUCUCUUACACCAGCCCGUUGGAUAGAGGUAAAGAUGAUACGUUGGCAUUUUCCAACUUCCUCGGGUUUAUGUGGUGCCAAUAUGGCCCGCAAGAGAUUAACCUGCGAAAGUUUGUUGAACAAUCAUCCGAGUCUAGUGCAUUAAGCACAAAACUUCUUGACCUACCCUCAUACCCAUGGGAUCACUCCCAAAUUCAUUACCGCGAGUCUCGUGUGUCUCGCAAGUUCCAUUUUAAGUCUGAAGCACCCCAUGAGCUGCUUGGAGUCCGGACCAGGGAUGACAACGACCACGAACUUCGUUGGCGCAAUGUUCUCAGGUUAGAGAAACUACCUUGGGUAGAACACCACAGCUUUCAAGGCCAGGCUCUUCUUCCAGCCUCGGCUUAUUGUAUCAUGGCACUCGACGCGGCUCGAAACUUCCUACGUAACAGACCUGCAACAGUGGUGGAAUUGCAGGACAUGCAGAUUUUGAGCGGUAUUAACAUUGAUCGAGAAUCCGUAGGUGUCGAGGUUUUGUUCGCGAUGUCGGUGCUUCCACAGCAGAAGGGUUAUGAUUCGGAGCCAGUCGUAGAAGCUAGUUUCACGUUAUCAUCUUGUCCCGCCGAUGGAACGACAACUAUGAGAUUGAAUAUGAUGGGAAAGCUCAGUAUCCAUUUAGGAAAACCUACUUCGGAUGCUUUACCACCCCGACAAGCUCUGCAGUCGGAGUCGUUCCGUGCAGUUUCUGAGUCCUUCUACAAGAUGAUGAACCAGACUAGUCUAUCAUACACCGGCCCAUUUCGUGCCCUGACGUCUAUUGAACGUCACUUUAAUUACUGCUCUGCGAACCUACAGCGGUGGCACCCCGAAGAUACUACUACGCUGCAAAUAAGCCCUGCCACGCUCGACUGUUGUUUCCAGUCUGCGUUCUUGGCUUAUGCAUCCCCAGGAGACAAGUCCCUUUGGACUUCAUUUCUCCCGAUACGUAUCGAUCGAAUGCGGUUUAACCUCGCAAAAAAGAAGGGCGAUGGUUUAACAGUCGACGCUCGUUUGGCAGAUAUCCGACCCAGCUCGCCUGACUCCAAGGCUACGAUCGUUGUUGACAUAGGAAUCUUCAAUAGCGACGGAGACAUGGAGACACAGAUAGAGGGAUUAGCUGUAGCCGCGUUGGCCCAUACUUUGCCCGAAGACGACUACGAGCUCUACCUUACCACCGUCACCGACAUUGAUCCGACCGAUCAGAUCAUACGAGCCGACAUCACGCCCAACACUCUACAAGACACCGACGCUGUCCUAAUAGAAAGCUGCGUACGAGUCGCCGCGUUUGUUGUCAAGAGUCUCCCUCACGAUCCCGCGUGGCCGUGGGCUCUCGACGCCUUCUACGAGCGACUCCCGAAGAUAUCGCCAUCGAUUCUAGCCACGAUAAAUGCUAACACAUGGUCUUCGGAUACUGUAGAAGUUAUUGACGACUUCAUAGGGGAUUCCAAAUAUCCCGAAUACCUCCGCCCUCUUCGCGAACUAGAGGAGCCGUCGCUAGAACGAGUGCAAGGCAUUCUGGAAAUCACGAUAGAUAUGGCGCACCACCAUCUUCUAUUCAGGCGACACAUCGGCCGCAUAGUGAAACAGAUUACUCAUCGUUAUCCUCAAAUGAACAUCCUCACUUUGGUUGGGUCUGGUAUCGUUGAGGACGUAUUGUCUGCCAUAGAUUCCUCGUCAUUCUUUACCUUCACAGCCGGUAUCUUUUCAGAACGAGAUCCUCGUGAGCGGUUGCGGGCGGUGGGGCCUAUCGAACAGAAACUACUCUCCGUACCGUUGGAUCUGAUGGGGGACCUCGAGACUCAGCUCAAACCCGGUCAAACCUACGAUCUUGUCUUGCUCUCAGCUUCAAAGCUUGAACACGAGAACGCGUCUGAAACAUUGAAGGAUAUCCGUGGCAUAAUGAGACCGGGUGGCUUUUUGGUGGUGGUUCAAUCUUCCUGGAAAGUGACUGAUGGAAGAUCGGCAUGGGCUAAUGGUGACAAGCAUGAAGCGCCAACGCCGCCUCAAUGGCCAGAUCAUCUUGAGUCCUAUGGCUUUAUUCAGAUUGCUAAGGAUUGCGACCAGUCGUACUUCCCUGGUUAUUCUGUUAUGGUACGACAAUUGAGCAGCAUUGACGUGGAGCUUGCUAAACAGCCGUCUUCUAUCAAUACUAUCGUAGGUGACUCGAUAACGGAGCACUUACUCAUUAUCGGCACAGGCACUUGCGAACUGUCCAGCGAUUUACAGCGGCGCCUUUUGCCUUUGUGCGAGAAACUUUCCGUGCGGGCCACAUUUGAGGAGACCGAGUCAGAGAUUCUGAAAGCAUGCACUGCUGUCAUCAUACUAGCAAAUCUCGACAUGCCGAUAAUGGCAGGAAUGACGCAGCAAAUGCUUGAUCAAUUACGGGAACUCUUGCGACCCAAUAUGAAGGCAUUAUGGGUCACGCUUGAUGCGCGAUCUGGAUGUGCAGAGCAUGCGGCUACCUUCGGUUUCACUCGCACGGUGUCGGCUGAGAUCCCUAGCCUCACGCUACAGAUGCUCGAUCUAGAGACCAUCGAGGGCUCAGGAGAUACCGUUGCUGAUACUUUCAUCCGCUUAACGGGGGUAGGAAGAAGCGAAGGAAAUGCCCUAUGGACGGAAGAGCGCGAGAUACAUAUUGAGAGUGGACGGCGACUUAUCCCCCGUGUUUUGCCCCUUAAGCCUUUGAAUAACACCGUUAACUCUCUUCGACGAGUUGUUCCCAAACCCAUGAAUACCCUUGAGGCAACUAUCGACGUUGUCCCCCGCAUCGCCCCGAGUGGCUUGGUUCGCUUCGAGGCAAGAGACGGGCGGUCGGAUUCUAAUGCUGCAGGGGUUCCAAUUCGAGUGGAUUAUAGCUCUGUGGAGAUGUUGAGGCUUGAUUCCCUGAGCCGAUGGCAAAAAGCGUAUGAAGCACCAACAUUUGGCUACGUGUGCUGUGGUCAAAACUUAUUGACUAACGAGCGAGUGGUGGCAAUAUCUGCGUCAAACGCUUCAUUUGUGAAGCUACCGGAUGAUCAAGUAUUUGACGUAGAGAUGAGUGACGAAGAUGGACCGUGCUUGGUAUCUCUUACUAUGGGCUACUUAGUAGCCAGCGGAAUCAUGCAUCGAGAAACUCGCAAGCUGUCACCUAUCGUUCUAAUCGAUGCGGAUCCGACAUUGGCCCAAUGCGUUACCUCAUUCUUCUCACGAUACAGCAGCAGACCUGUCAGUUGCUAUUCCAUAACUCCCACUGGACAGGAUAGUGGUGCUAUCUACUUACACCCACGCGCGUCGGCUCGAGAAAUCAAGGCAAUCUUUCCAUCGGAAGGGGCGGGUAUUUUCGAUUUCCAAUCGUCGAAGCGCGCAAAGUUAUCAAAGCAAAUAUUGGAUUUGCUUCCAGACAAUUGCAGGUAUUACCCUCGCACUGAGUUCUUUGGCAUCUGUAACGUGGUCGGGAUAGCCGGAGAAGUUUCUCCUGGUUGUCGCAAGGCUUGGAAUGACGGCAUCGUUAAUGCUAUAUGCACGACGAAGUUUAAUGGAAACUCGCGAGAGGGUAUUGCCAAAAACUCGGACGAUGGCGUUGGUGUAGGCUCAGGGGAAGGUAUUGAUGCAAAGCACACUACUGUCUCUCUUCCAAGCUUGCUAUCUGAUACUAAGGUGGCGUCGUCACCUUUGUGCCUCAUCGACUGGAGAGCCGAGCGCAAUGUCCUGACUUUCACGAAGCAUUUCAUGGCCGAGAAGAUCUUUAGUGCCGAUAAGACUUACGUGUUAGCCGGACUUACCAAAGAUUUUGGUCAGAGUUUAUGUUAUUUGCUCGUUAAGCAUGGAGCUCGGCAUAUCGUGCUAGCCAGUCGUACGCCAAAGAUGAAUCCCAAUUGGACAAGGGAGCUAGCGCAAGCCUACGGUGCGAGAGUCGAGGUGCGCAAGUGCGAUGUCACUGACGAAGCUAGCGUGAGGGCCUUGAGAACCGACUUGAGUGAAUCUAUGCCUCCUAUCGGUGGAAUUGCUAACGGAUCAAUGGUGCUCGACGACCGUGUUUUUGCGCAAAUGGAUGUUAACACGUGGAAACGGGUAUUGCUACCCAAGACUGUCGGAUCGCAUAACCUUGAUAGAGUCUUUAGAGAUCUUGACCUUGAGUUCUUCAUCAUGACGUCGUCCUUCGCAGCUAUUGGCGGACACCCAGGCCAAUCCAACUAUGCCGCUGCGAAUAUGUACAUGAACGGACUAGCAGGAGAGCGUCGCCGACAUGGCCUUGUGGGUUCGGUGUUGAAUAUCGGGGUUAUCUACGGUCUCGGUUUCCUACAGCGCGAGAAGGAGGAGUUGUAUGCGGGGCUGGAGCGCGAGGGAUAUCCGCCUAUUUCGGAACGUGAUCUUCAUCACAUGUUUCUAGAGGCUGUCAUUGCAGGUCGUCCGGCCGAAGCGGGGCAAGCGAACCCGCCCGUUGACCUUACUACGGGCUUAAGUAGAUUCAACCCUACUGACCCAAACCCGUUGCACUGGCAUCAAGAUCCACGGUUCAACCACUUCGUUCGUCGAGAUAGAGAAGACACUGGUGCAGCCGCGGCGAAUAUACACAAAAGCGUCAAAGACUGUGUAGCAGCGCUAACGGGGACGGAUGAUAUCGUGCGGGUUAUCCUUGACGCGUUUACUGAGAGGCUGCAAUCUCUACUCCGACUUCCCAAGGAAGACAUCAACGGGGGCCAGAACUUGUCAGAGCUUGGCGUUGAUUCACUCGCUGCGGUUGAGGUGCGUGGAUGGUUCUUCAAGGCGUUGGGAAAGGACGUAUCGGUGAUUAAGCUGCUCAGUGGCACAAGCAUUCAGAGGUUGUGUGAAGAAAUGGCCGAACAGAUCGUAGCUGAUCGCAGCAAGGCAUAG